AUGCUUCGAAACAUGUGGCCAGGCGACGACGCCAAGCUCAGAGAGACGUUUGCAGUCGAGCUCACAGCCGACACCUUCGUUCCUAGGGGAAAGAUCGCCAAGCAGAGGAGGGCACUUCGCGAGAGAGAUCAUGCGGGGCGCAGCAGCUUCAGAGUGCAGAUCAAGUCGAGGUCAAGCAUGAGCACAGGCCGCUUCUCGAGGAAGGAGAUGGAAGCGCUGUGC